CGUUUUUAAGGUGCCGUUUACGUAAAACUUGGUAGGCAAUAUUUUGCAUCCUGGAUGAAUGUUUGUUGUUUGGAUGGUCAAAAAAAGAAUGGAGGAAAAACAAUUAAAACAUCUAAAUAUAAUUCUUUUUUUUCCUUGUUUUCCACACCAACAAACAAUGUGUUAAAAACACGGACAAGAUGAGAACGUGAAAGCUGCCAAUACGUCUGGGGCAAGCGAAAACCAAAACCAAAACUGAAAAAGCACAUAACUAAGAUCAAACAAUCAAAAGCUUUUCAUAAUCCCAAAAAUAUUUCAACAAUAAAGCUUCCUUCUUAUUUCUCGACCAACCUUCGACAAUCCGCGUCUUUCGCCGCCUCCCAUUCCCGAAAAAAGAAAAUAAUAUUCCUUUCAACAGUGGCGAAUCUAUAAGUCUCUCUCUCUCUUUUGACCUUCUUUCUUUUUUUCUUGAUUUCGUUCUGUUCCUUUCUUUCGUUCUCUUCAUCCACAGAAAUCAACGAGUUUUGCUCCUUUUAUUUGUAGCCAAUUUGGAGUUUUUCUUUUUAUUUUUGUUCCGUUUCGAGCAGCGGAGUUUUUUUAGAUUCGAAGAAAAAUGAGCGCGUAUAAGCGCGUGGUUCAAUUAGGGUUUAAUGCGUGUUCGAGUUCCCUUGCGAAUAGGGUUGGACACCGGCAGAUUUCUCAACUCGUCAAAUCCAAUGGGAAGCGUGCGUUUCUCGUCGAUACAUUGGCUUUGGUUCGGAGUUUGGAAGCUCAAGGCGUGCCAUCAAAACAAGCGGAGGCAAUAACAGCAGCAAUCACCGAAGUAUUAAACGACAGCUUGGAGAAUGUAUCCCAUUCUUUUGUUUCGAAGGCAGAAAUGCAGAAGACUGAGAUGCUUCAAGAAGCUAAUUUGUCAAAAUUUAAGUCGGAAGUAAAAAGUUCCCAGGAGCAUCAUUUUUCUAUGCUGCAACGUGAAACUGAAAAACUACGGGGUGACAUAGAAAAAAUGCGAAGUGAACUAAGGUAUGAAAUUGACAAGGUCACUGCUGGGCAGCGUCUGGAUUUAAAUCUUGAAAGAGGGCGCAUACGUGAUGAACUGGCCAAUCAGAAUGCAGAAACUACCAACCUAACAAACAAGCUAGAUAGGGAAAUUCAUGCUUUAAGAGCCCAGUUGGAAGCUGCAAAAUACGACGUGAUUAAGUACUGCAUAGGUACCCUUGUCUCCAUAUCUGCUGUUGGGCUAGCUGUAGUCCGCAUCUUGAUGUAGCAUUACAUCUGUUUUCAGUAAUACCAACUUUUCUUACAUAAAUCUCAAAUUUCAUUCUUUUUCUGGCAACUGAAUUACUUGGUGAAAAAAGGGUGGGAAUUACUAUGUUAUUGUGAGAUUGUCUAAAUUGGCAAGGAAGGACAAAUCCCAGUUGGUCGGAACAAUUAUUAUUUCUUAGUGCUUCUUUUAGGAUGUUCAACUCUGUUUGUUUGGUAU